UUAGAUAUCGCGUUUAAAAAGAAACAAAUCUCUCUCUCUCUCUCUCUCCAAUAUCCCAAAAUUUCCCACAUUUCCGAUCAAAAAGCAAUUAUUUUUUUUACUAUCGACUCAAAGAUUUGGCAACCCAUUUCGCGGUCCUCUUCGAUCUCAUCUGGGUUGGUGAAAUUCCGGGGAUUGGGCAACGAAGAGCGCGGCAAUUUCCGAUUUUUUUCUCUUAAACUCCUCGAUAUACUGAAUGAGUAAUCUCCGUAGCAAUGGUGACGCACGAAAGCUGGAGGGAGACGGAGGAGAGGCGGAGGAGGAGAAGUCUCGCACGAACAACGGCGGGGCAUGUCAAAACGGCGGCGAAGACGGCGUCGUAUUGGGUCUCGACGGCGGUGCAACAUCGACGGUGUGCGUGUGCAUGCCUUUCCUCCCGUUCGGCGAUCGCUUGCCGGAAAACCUCCCGAUCCUCGGCCGUGCCGUCACCGGUUGCACCAACCACAACAGCGUAGGAGAAACAGCAGCUAGGGAUUCACUAGAGCAAGUAAUUUCCGAUGCUCUUUUAGAAGCGAGUUUAGAUAAAUCAGCUGUUCGUGGUGUGUGCUUAGGGGUUUCAGGCGUUAAUCAUCCCUCGGACCAGGAAAGGGUAUCGAAUUGGAUAAGGUCUACCUCUCCAAUAUCUAUGAUUACGCCGAUGGGCAUUUUCCCUAGUCGUGUCAAAGUUUAUGUUCAGAAUGACGCUGUCGCAGCAUUAGCUAGUGGAACCAUGGGAAAGCUCCAUGGCUGUGUCUUAAUUGCUGGUACGGGAUGUAUAGCUUAUGGCUUUGAUGGAGAUGGCAGGGAAGCCCGGGCAUCUGGCGCUGGACCGAUCUUAGGUGACUGGGGAAGUGGCUACGGGAUUGCUGCACAGGCACUGACAGCAGUGGUCAGAGCCCAUGAUGGUCGUGGCCCGCAAACCAUGCUUACGUCUACCAUCUUGAAAGCCCUCGGUCUUUCCUCUCCAGAUGAACUCAUCGGCCAUCACUUCGCUUGGAACAAUACUCAGACAAAGAUUCGGUGUUCUUUUUUUCUGGAUUCGGUCAGGUGGACGUAUGCAGAUCCGUGUUGGGCACGGAUUGCUGCUCUCGUUCCCGAAGUAGUGUCUUGUGCGGAAGCCGGCGAUGAAAUCGCCAACAGAAUUCUGGUCGAAGCUGUUGAGGAUUUGGCUCUAAGCGUCAAAGCAGUUGUUCAGAGACUCGGCCUGUGUGGCAAAGAUGGAACCGAUUCUUUCCCAGUGGUGAUGGUCGGUGGAGUGCUCAACGCUAACAAGGAAUGGGACAUAGGUAAAGAAGUGGCGACUCGUAUCGUCCAACACUUUCCGGGGGCUUGCACGAUUAGACCAAAGGUGGAGCCGGCGGUAGGGGCGGCAAUGUUGGCGAUGAACUUGUUGACGAGAGAUGAAGAAGAAGAAGAAGAUCAUAACCGGUGACAAAUACGUUGAUUUUGCAUGCAUGGGGGAAUCUUCACGUACGUACGGCACCGUACAGUAAAAGAAAACAUGGAUUCAGUUCUGUUUCAUGUCACUUGUCACAUUUCUUUACUACAACAACAACAACGAUAAGGGGAAACAUGUAAAUACAGUGGAAAAAACAACGUUUUCAAGUUGAAGGAGAUCAUCUCUCGGUGUUUUGGUUCAUAGUUUAA